CAAUUCCUUAUUUUCACACCAUUACUCUCUUCUAUAACUCACUGCACCGUCUUCCUCUCUGUCAUGGACGGAGCUUCGGUCAACAAUCCUCGCACAGUUGAGGAGGUUUUCAAGGAUUUCAAGGGCAGACGCAAUGCCUUGAUCAAAGCCCUUACCACUGAGGUUGAAGAGUUCUUCCAGCAGUGUGAUCCUGAUAAGGAAAAUCUCUGUCUUUUUGGAUUGCCUACUGAGCAAUGGGAAGUAAAUCUUCCUGCUGAGGAGGUGCCUCCAGAGCUUCCGGAACCUGCUUUAGGAAUAAACUUUGCUAGAGAUGGAAUGCCAGAAAAGGACUGGCUAGCUCUUGUUGCUGUCCACAGUGAUGCAUGGCUACUUUCUGUUGCCUUCUAUUUUGGUGCAAGAUUUGGUUUUGAUAAAGCUGACAGGAAACGUCUAUUCAAUAUGAUAAAUGAUCUUCCGACCAUUUUUGAAGUUGUCACGGGUGCUGCAAAGAAGCAAGUAAAAGACAAAUCGUCCGUCUCAAACCAUAGUGGCAGUGCAUCCAAGUCAAAUCCAAAAUUGGGGAGAAUGUCAAGGCCCCAACCAAAGGAUGAGGAUGAGGACGAGGAUGAGGGAUUGGAUGAUGAGGAGGAAGAUGAGCAUGGGGAAACCUUGUGUGGAGCAUGUGGUGAGAAUUAUGCCUCAGAUGAAUUCUGGAUUUGCUGUGACAUAUGUGAGAGAUGGUUCCAUGGUAAGUGCGUCAAGAUCACUCCAGCUAGAGCAGAGCACAUCAAGCAGUACAAGUGCCCAACCUGUAUGAACAAGAGAGCCCGGCCUUGAAAUCCCAUCUUCUAAUGCUCGUAUGAUUCAUCUCUAGGUUGAGUACUGCUGCUUAUUGCUUUAUUUGGAUUGGUUAGCUACUUUUUUCUCGUUGGUUUUUAGAUCUAACUGUUGAUUGUAGAGACUAGUAUUGCAUUGCUUCGUCUCCAUAACAUUUAAAUUGUCUAGUUUACUUUUAA